AUGGCCACGCAAGCGCACUGUGCAUACUGCUUCGAAAGCCUCGCCGCCAGUUUCGAAAACCGCCGCGCCCUCUCCCUGGCAGAAGUCCAAGAUCUCUGGGCGCGAUACAAUGCCGACGAUGUUGGCCCCCGUCCCUCCACCGCCAUAAAUGAAGCCGGCGCCGCAACGACCAAACCAGCAGCAGCCAUCACCCGCCUCCUCAACCGCGUCACAAGAGCAGACGGAGGCAGCAAUCCCUCCGGAUCGUCCGCCACGUCAUCCCGCAAGGAGGAGGAGGAGGAGGAGGAGGAGUACCCGUUGUUUGUGACCUGGAACACGAUGUCCAAGAGCGGAAGGAAGAGCCUGCGUGGUUGUCUCGGCAUCUUCGAACCGUACGAGCUGGACUAUGGCCUGGGAAGAUUCGCGUUGAGGAGCGCAUUCGAAGACCACCGCUUCUCGCCCAUCCCGCACUCCCUCCUCCCUUCCCUCGGCAACCAGGUCACGCUCCUCACAAACUUCAGCACCGGAACCACCGAUCCCUACGCUUGGACCAUCGGCCAGCACGGCCUGCGGAUCAGCUUCACAUGUCGCGGACAACGACUCGGCGCGACGUAUCUUCCGGACAUUGCGUCCGAGCAGGGCUGGACACAAGAGGAGACGCUUGUGUCGCUGAUGAGGAAGGCGGGGUGGAGCGGCGGGAAUAGUUCGAGUUGGGAAAAGGUUUGGCGGGAUGGAAAGGGGGAGUUGGUCACGUAUGAGGGGAAACCGGCGGAGUUGACGUAUCCGGAGUGGAAGGAGUGGAGGGAUUGGGUGGAUGAGGUACAAGGGUCGGGCAGAUGA